AUGUACACAAUUUCUGUUAACUCCUUUGGUCUCACGCAGACUGCCUUCACCUAUAUGUACAUCUAUGUGAGGUUGCUGGAGGUGAUGCUGACAAGUGACCUGCUGGCACCCUACCGUAAUAUGAGCAUUAAGGCUGCUUACGUGAGGGUAGCCAACGCCACCUCUCUGUUCGUGAGGAAUGACUUCGUAGUGACCUGGCUAAAGGCGCCAUCGUCCGCCUUCGACGUCUGGCACUGCGGGGAAAUCACCCUGCAAUCGACGCCCAGCCCAACCAACAAUACUAGGAUGAAGUCUGGCACUUUUGCUGGCGUGGGCAUUGUGAACUGUAGCAUCCCGGAGCUUCCCCCAAACUUCCUGCGGGACCGAACACGCGGCACACUGAGAGUCAAGCAGAGCAAGAUCGGGGUGCUGCGGGCUGGCUUCUUCAACAACGUGGAGGAGAUACGUUACAUAGUGCUGCAUGACUCUGACGUGAAAGAGGUGGAGGGCUCGGUCACCACGGAGGGUUUCGUGACGCUCAGUCAACGGAAUGUGCACAGCUGGAACGGCCUCCUGCUCUCCAAUGUCACCAUUGGUAUUCUGGGUCCUGGCGCCUUCAACCUCACCCAUAAGGUAAGCACACACACACACACACACACACACACACACACACACACACACACACACACACACACACACACCGCGUAGUGU